GGCUGCAGUGGCACGUCGCAAACCAGCAGGUCCGAAAGAUGUCAGGCAUGGGGUUGACAAGUAUGUGCUUGUUGCUCUUCACAAUUUUCACUGGAUUGUUCAGUUUCACACUCUCAAAUCCAGAUGGUUCAGGGUUCCUUAACAUCAACUGUGGCGCCAUCGAUAACGUAACAGAUGAUAAUGGCCUACUGUGGAUUUCCGAUUCCCCUUUCAUUAAUUCUCGCAACACUUCGACGACGCGUACAUCAGAAACCAUGUACUUGCAGUUCUGGACAUUAGCCUAUUUUCCGAAUCUGACUGUGAAGAAAUAUUGCUACCUGUUCCCUGUCAAGCCCGGUCUAAAUUACCUAGUUAGAGCAUCUUUUGGUCCAGAUUACACCGUUCCUUUGGCAAGAUUCUUUGACAUAGUUAUCGAGGGAAUCAAGUGGUCUAAAGUCGACCUAUCUGGUUUAGACAAUACGACUUUCCGAUGUGACAUUAUCAUCUUGGCCGCCAAAAGUGAUAGUCUGAGUUUAUGCCUUGCGCGCAAUUCUCAAACAGAACGAAAUCAUUAUGUUUUCAUUUCAAGCAUUGAACUGCGGCCACUCGAAUCUUCUAUGUAUAAUUCAACGGAUUUCCAAAAGAAUGCCUUAGAUGUAGUAGGUAGCAUAAAUUUCGGUGCAUAUUCUGACUCACUACAGUACCCGGACGAUCCAUUUGACCGCCUCUGGUCAUCGUCAGUAGCACUGAACAGCACAGUCAAUAUUACCGCUAAUGACGAUCAGACAAAAUCGUUAGGAAGGGAGUUAGUAAAUAAACCACCCCUGAACGUACUGAGGACUGCCAUUGGGACGGAAGGAGUCACGAAUAUAACUCUUUCAGACAUAUUUGAUGAUAUCUCUGAACCAGGAGUUUACUCUUUUGCACUUUAUUUCUGCAACAUCAACAUGACAAACGCCACACAGAGAUUUGCUGCCUUCAUUAACGAAAACCAAAUAUCAGAUUAUAUAGAGCUUAAAUUUUUGCAGUGCUGGCAAGCAAAUAAAGAUUUACAACUUAACACUUCCGAUCCUAUAAACAUUAUUUUACAACCCAGUACUAUAUCGGAGGUAGGACCAUUCAUAAAUGGAGCAGAAAUGUUUAGGACAUUGGACGUACACACAACCACAUACUUCGGAGAUGUGGUUGCUAUCAGAAAAAUAGCAGAGACGAUAAAUGUUCCAGACGAUUGGACAAGAGGAGAUCCAUGUUUGCCAUCUGAAUAUUCAUCAACAGGGAUAACCUGCAGCCAAGACGAUCCUCCGCGAGUCAUUAUCAUAAAUCUAACAAGAAUGCGUCUCGAGGGCAUCAUACCUACAAAUAUAGCUGACUUAACAGCAUUAACACAGUUGCUGCUAGGAAAUAAUAAUUUGUCCGGCCAUAUUCCGGACCUCAGAUUAUUGAAGAAUCUUACAAAACUGCAACUGCAAAACAACCAACUUACCGGAGAAAUUCCAGAAUCACUGGAGAAGCUUCAAAUGUUAACUCAACUAUUUCUACAGGACAAUAAAUUGGAGGGGACCGUCUCAAAAAGAUUACUGAGAUCGAGCUUAGACCUUCGUGUUGAUCCUCAAAAUGCUAUUCCAGAAGGCAGCCGCAAAAUUAAUGGUUGGGUGAUCGGACUUUCAAUUGGGUGUUCGGUAGUGUUGGUUUUAGUCAUCUUUUCUGGUAUUUUGUUGCGGAGGCACAAACACCCAUUGGAACAUCUUCUGACCACAGAUGUUCCAAUUUCAUCUCAACAACACAUAUCUGCAGAUGAAAAUAUUCAAAAUGAUUAUCACAGGCUGGCUAUUGAAUACACAGAGGAAGAUAUUAAAACUUCUACCGCUAACUAUUCCACACUCAUUGGUAAGGGAAGCUUUGGAUCUGUAUUUUAUGGCAGACUUUCAGGAUAUGAGGUUGCGGUCAAAAUACUUGGGAGUAAUUCUACUCAAGGCCAGCAAGAGUUCCAGAAUGAGGUAACCGUACUUUCAAGAAUAUAUCAUAAGAAUCUUGUAAAUCUUAUUGGGUAUUGCAGACAAUCCAUAAUGGCAUUGGUCUAUGAAUACAUGCCGGGUGGAACACUGACUGAUCAUCUAUAUGGCGUCGCCAGAUUGGUAAAACCGCUUGAUUGGAAUACGAGACUGACAAUUGCUCAACAAACCGCGGAUGGUUUGCUCUACCUGCAUCAGGGUUGCUAUCCUCCAAUCAUACACAGAGAUAUAAAGUGUAGUAAUAUACUGCUGGAUAACAGAAUGUCUGCAAAGGUAGCUGACUUUGGCAUAUCAAAACUGGUAGAGAGUUCCAAAGGUUAUACAAUAACCGAAGUGAAAGGGAGCAUGGGUUAUCUUGAUCCUGAAUACUUCGCAACAUCAUCAUUAAAUGAGAAGACCGAUGUCUACAGUUUUGGAGUGGUUUUAUUGGAGAUUAUUUCUGGAGUAUCACCCAAGGACGGAACUGUACAAUCGGCACACAAUCUGCUUUCAUGUGGCAAACUAGCAGAGCUUAUGGAUUCCUCAUUGGGUAGCCGAUAUAACGUAGAAUCAGCUUGGAAAGUUGCAGACAUAGCAUACCAGUGCGUGGAAAAGGAGUCAACAAACAGACCCAAAAUGAGUGCAGUGGUGAAAGAAUUGGAAGAAGCUGUGACACUUGCAUCUGGUGAAAAAAGCGAUUCUGCUUCAAAUACCAUGGCCUUUUCUAAUAUUGGUGACAUGCCCAGCCCUAGGUAGUAAGAUGUUACAAUAAUCUUUUGACCGGUUGUGGCUCAAUUGUAAUUAGUUGUGUAACACAUCUUUAGGCACAGUUUGUGUAAUUGAAUAAUGUCGUGUGAAAGGGACAGAUAUUAUAUAACGUCUACUAAUGUCGACCUAUCUACUGUAUUUUUAAUAAUUCGUGAUCAGCUCAACGAUAUUUAGAGUCGGCUGGGUAACGGCAUGUUGCCUGUAGAAGAUCGGCGUGCAUUUCUUCCAUCAUAUAAAUUCGAAGUAUGUGUUUACAAUUCAAAUCCUUUAUAGCUAUGAUUAGCAAACUAAAUCACAGGUAACAGAAUGUGUUGGA